GAUUAUGUAUAUAUACGAGGUUUAUGUUAUCUUGAUCGGAAUUCACUCAUAAAUAUAUGUGUAUCUCGAUCAAUUAAACUGCCACUACUGAUAUCCCCAAAUAUCAACGUACAAGUCAAUAAUGCAACUGGUUAGCAUCAUAUGCAUGGAGGCAGCAGCAGCAGCAGACAGUCACAAUGAAGGAAAAUAUUCCAGGAAAUUAGAUCUUAGUGCCCCACUUUUAUCAGCCAGGCGCCCGCGGACAACAUCCAGAAUUCGCAGGUUAAUUCACCACCCCAACACGGAUGAAAAUCGAAUACCGUUUUCUUGGGAGGAGAGCGCGGGGAGGCCGAAAGAUAAUAAUCAGCAGGCUAGUCACGGUAAGACCAUUUGGAGUGGUGCAAGAGUCUAAAUGUUAAAAAUGGACUCCGUCGAUAUGAAAACAGUGUUUUGACUCCUAUUCUCUGCAUUCCAGCACCGUCAAUAAAAUACAUUCAACACAUUUUUUUACAUAUCAAUUUAGUAAAACAUUAAUUAAAUUAUUAUAAGUAAUGUUUUCCUUUAAAUUUUUUCUCUGAUUAAUUAUAAAAUAAAAAAGACACAUUUCGAUGUAAAAAUAAAUAAAUUUCAUUAAAAAUAAAUUUUGAGAAAAAUAUUAAUUAAAAAUAAGUGAAAAAUAAAAUGAAUUAUUUCAACCGUUGGAUUUAAAUUUCAGCCGUUGGAUCAUUUUUUUCCGUUAAAACAGUGUCAAAAUCAUCACAGCCGUUGGAUCUACCAAAAAGUUUUUUUUUAAUAAAUUUGGUAGUGCAUGCUGACCUCAUGCUGACAUGAACAUGACAUCAGCGAGGAAAAUUACUCAGCUUAGCCGUGUGCUCCCAGCCUGCGCACAUCAGGUACGCCCCCACCCCCUUUUUCUUUUCCUUUCCAUUUACUUUUUGGCUGUCCAAAACUCCUCCAAAUUUAACCCCUUCCCUCCCCAAACCCAUUUUUAAUACCCUCUACACUCCACCAAUGUAUGAAAUUAGGAGUCCAAAUAUGCCAUUUUCGCAUUUUGGACUCCUAAUACCUCACCACUCCAAAUGGUCUAACGGGCUAAUCUGGCCCGUUCCCAAACCACCUCCAGGGUGUCAAGGGGACAGAGAGCUUCUGUACUCUGACGCUCUUGAUGUUUCCUUGUCAAGCGAAUCUUUUUCGUCAGAUAAUACUGCUGAUAGUAACAACAAUAACAACAACAAUAACAGUUAUAAGACUCGUAGAAACAUGUUUUCGAGAGCGGAUGAUUUAGAGCCCGGGGAUUUGAUCUUUCUAAGGUUCUUGAAGGAUGCUAAGGCGCUAGCGAAGGAUCCAUUGGUUAAUGGUGGUCAGCCUGAAUCCAGUUUUGCUCGAGCAUUGGACGGGAGACAGCUUUACUGCGAGUCUCUCACCAGCUGCACUGGCAAGGCAUGUGGUGGGUGGGACAUUUUGCUGCCGUGGCGGGUGAAGCCGGAGGCACCUGAUAGUGGCAGGUUGAGGAACUCCGUCGGGGUGGUGGCUUCUUCUAGAGUGGUAGAUGCCUCAUUGGGACACUAUUGCUAAACCCAACACAAGACUACAAGAGCCUAAUUAUGCUUUACUUUUAAAAUAAUAGUUCCUUCCUUCCAAAUUUAUUUGUAAUUUAGUCCCAAAUUAAUUUACAAUAUGUUGAAUAAAUAAAACUUACAAAUUCAAACCUUACUACAUAGAAAGUUGUAUAGGUACUUGUCAAACUGUGUCAAUAAAGAAAAACAGAGAUUGCA